AUGUGCCACGUCGUCCAGACAGUGACGACGCAUGCCGUCUUCGCUGUCCAGGUCAUUCAGAGGCCACGUCGCUGUCAGCAACCUGGCAACAUACGAACGAUGCGGCAUGACGAAAACACGAUGCCACAGCACGACGACAACACGGAACGAGCCCACGUGCCCACGAACAACACAAGCGACAGUGCCGCGCACGAACAGCAGCCCGCCCACCCACGAACGAUGUCCACCGCCGGCGAACGAGCCCUACACCCUCAAACAAAUGACGAGCGCCCAGGACACGACGACCCCCGCCCGCGAAUGCAAACGACCGCCCACAAACGUGAGCGGACACGGGCCCAGCAACCUGUCGAAACGAGCACAAAGAGCAGGCGUGAAAGGGGCAUGUUGGGGAUAGCCACAAUGAGAGGGCGGGUAUGCAAGCACCACGACCCAAGAACCCACCAUGUAUCAUUCCUCACAACGUCGACUUCCACCAACGGACCUCGCCUCGCAGACCAACCCUGCCUAUGCUGUCAAAAUCCUGGGGUGAAGUUACCAUUCCCCUGA